AUGAACAUCCAAAGGCAUACAUCAUCGCCUUACAGACCUCAAACCAAUGGUCCGGUAGAGGCCGCCAACAAAAACAUCAAGAGGACAAUACAGAAAAUGGCCGACAAGCACAAUAAAUGGACCGACAAGUUACACUAUGCACUUUGGGCAUCCAGAACAUCCAUCCGAACUUCGACUGGGGAAACACCCUACUCAUUGGUCUAUGGAAUGGAAGCAGUCCUUCUAGUCGAAUUAGAGAUACCCUCCAUUCGGGUCAUGAUGGAUAGUGACAUUCCAGAAGCAAAUUGGAUCAAGACAAGAUUCCAAGAGCUAAACCUCAUUGACGAGAAGAGCAUGCGCGCCAUCGAUAAUAUGAAGAAGUACAAACAAAGGAUGAUACAAACAUUCAAUAAGAAGGUUGUACCACACCAACUAUCCGUUGGUGAUUUGGUGCUUAAAGAGCAACGAGCACCUAUACAAAAUCACGAGGCAAGUUCAGGCCCAAUUGGAGUGGCCCUUAGAUGA